AAGAUAAUAUUCAAAGUAUCCAGACUGUUGCGUCACACAGACAGCAUUGUAGGAUUGCAUGAAACAACUGUCCUCCAAUUGCUGAUGGUGUGAUUUUUAGUGUGAACUGAUAGAUGGUAGGAGAGAAGCCCAGGAAACAGCUGUGUUAAGCAGAUGCGAAUGCAUUGUUAUUGAGUAAGACAUGUUCUUCAUUUAUACCCCCCUCCUCAUCCUGUUAAUCUGUCCCCAAACUACUGUUGAUGGCUGCAGCCAUCAUGAUGUACAUAGGGAUGUAAUUGUAGCUAGGCUGAGGGAAUACAUCGCCAGUGUUCUCACAGUGAACAAGAAUGACACACUUCAUCACUCUGAUGGACAUCAGGAGAGAACUGGGACCUGGAAAAGACAAGCUCUGGAACAUCACAUUCAUAGAAUCAUAGAAGAGAAGGAGGAGGAGAAAGACAGUUUUAUAAAAGAUCAAACUCAGGUUAUCUUAUUCCCUACUACAGAAGUUCCAUGUAACUCUAAGCAGCAGUUUUCUUCUGAAGAUAACAGAAAAUACAACUAUCUGUUCCAGCCUUCAUCUCAUGCACUCAGUCGACUGUCUGUAACUGCUCAGUUUUGGUUUUAUGUCGGCAACAGCAUACCUAAUCAGCAUCACAACUUGUCCACAUCCCCAGCUGAAGUCUUUUUUCUCAAAGAAGAUGGACACCUUGAAGUUGCAGCAACUAGCAUGGUGAUUAAAGAUGGAUGGGAGAACUUCCAUUUAUCAAAACCUUUUCUCCAGUACUUAUCACAAAAAGUUUUCAUCCUUCAGGUCAGGUGCCCUACUUGUCCAUGUGUUUCAGAUGCUGACAAAAUGCCAUUCAUACUUUCCAUCACUAGACCAAAAGUCUCAAGUAGAUCUCGAAGAUCUUCAACUCAGUGGUCACCAGUUGCCAUGUCCCUCCUUUCUCGACCUUCUCCAGAUAAGUCAGUCCAUCAUAACUGUCACAGAGCUUCUGUUAACAUCACCUUUGAGGAGUUAGGGUGGGAUAAAUGGAUUGUCCACCCUAGUUCAUUUAUAUUCCAUUACUGCCACGGCACCUGUCCUAGUCUGAAGAAUCUCACCACUUUGCCUCUUGAGCUGUGUUGUGCUGCUGUCCCUUGGGAAAUGAAGUCUCUUCGUGUCAGAACCACUUCAGAUGGAGGCUAUUCCUUUAAAUAUGAAACCAUACCCAACAUCAGCACUGAUGAAUGUGCCUGUAUGUAGACAUGAACAUCUGAAGUGCUGGUAUCAAUACCUAUCCAUGGAAGCUAUUGACACUGGCAAUGAAGUUCAGACCCUAUUACUUUGUCAAAAUGCAUAUCUAUAGCACUCUUGAAAAAGCUGUUCCACUAUUUCUCAAUUACAUUUGGUAAAGUCUAAAAAGUGAAAGAAUCAAGAACCUGGAAUUUACUAUAAACUGUGUGAAUCUCAUUUAUGGUGGCAACAUCUGUGUAACAACAUUUUAACAGUUUAUGUAAGAAUGUAUGCUAACAGUUAAUUUAAAUGAAAAAGAAACUAACAUACUGAUUAUUACUGUGAUGUAAAAACAGAAACUUAAAAACAGUAUACAUGUCUAGGUUUUGUUAAACCUAGCACUAAUAAAUUAGUAGAUAUUCUGUCAUUAUGACUUUUAAAGCAAGAACAUUAUUAUUGCUUUUAUUAUUGUUCAACUAAUUUAAAUAAAUUUCUUCUAUAUAAAAGAUAAAUAACAAGUGUACUUUGACUCACU